AAAAUAUUCAAUAUUAAUAAACAAUUCUAGCUAUUCCAAUACAUAAAAGUAUUUAAAAGGAAGAAACCAUUACAAGAAUUCAGUUAUCGAAUUUAUACUGGUGUAAUAAGUAACAGUAUUUGUUUAAUUUAGUGAUAAAUAUUAGUGAACAUGAACCGGAUUGGGUUUGUAAUUGCGGCGAUUUUGGCCAUUUUCGUGGCUUUUUCGUGGGCCGAUAAAGAUGAAGUAAACUGCGAUUUUCACGCGCAUCUGGUGUACGAAGAUCUGGGCUGCGAAGCUGUACGCGCCCCCGGAAGCGCCUGCCCCGUGCAGUACAAAUGCAAUUUCGUCGCCAAGAACGACACGUGCACCUUCAGGGGUCGACACGUGCCCGUCGGGGAGUCGCUCACCGAAGACGAAACCUACGCCGCCUGCACGGUGGGCUGCAGAUGUACGAGCACCAACAAAUUCACCUGCGCUAUAUUGGAUUGCCCCGAAUGGUUGGGAGUACCUGUGAAAUUUGGUUGUUAUCGGAAGUACGAAGUGGGACAAUGUUGUUCUGCUGGACAAAAUUGCCCUACCGAAUCGACCCCUCCGUUCGAAUGCAAAGUAGACGGCGGCAUCCACGUGGAAGGGGAGCGGUACUACCCGAAGGACACGUGCUUGGAGUGCGUUUGCGAGAAAGGGUUCGAGGGAAAGCACGUGGCUCCGUUUUGCAAGAAACACGUUUGCGCAGCUCAAGUUAGGCACACGCAGGACGUACUGAACCAUUGCGCGCCGUACUAUGGCGGUACUAUAGCGAGCAAGACCGCUCUGUGUUGCCCUGACGAGUGGAUUUGUCCUUCGGAAGACGAUAAGGUAGUACCUCCUAAUCCGGAUGUUGACGCGAAUUCAGAUUUGACUUGCACUUUUGGGACGAAAUCCUUAAAGUUGGGAGAACGAAUUCAAACGAGCUUCAAGCGAUUCUACGACCAAAAAACGCAGCACGCUGAAUGCGAGUGUAAAGUACCGCCGUUGUUGAUUUGCAGGGAUGUACCGGCAGUUCAAGCGAAUACGACCGCUGAUGCUAAAAUGGAUUAAAUCGAUCGGAAAAUGUUUUAACUGCAUGUCAUUAUUGUUUGUAAAUUUAUGUGAAGUUGUAAAAUUUUUUUUGUAACGAUGUAUCGACGAGAUUGCUUCAGUUUUAUAAAAUCAAAUCGAACGAAAUGCGAGAGAUUUUCGAUUUCCUAGAACGAUAAGAA